CAACCGCGUUGGUUCGAGCGACUGAAACGUAACAAAAUUUAUUGAAAAAAAUUUGAUCUCAUUUACUGUACUUAACUCUACAUUGUGUGAGACCAAUGGUAAUCAUUAAAUAUAUCUUUACGUACAAAUGUCUCUUUCUUUAAAGAUGUACAAUUCAAAAAGAAAGAAUAAUAACAAUCAAUAGGUGAAAAAUUUUUGAGAAUCUUCAGAUUAUGUGCAUAAAUAUUUGACAAGGAAUGGAGGCAGAAGAAAUUUAUAAUCUUACAGUUUUUCCACCAGUUGUAUCCAAAUUUUCAAUUCAAUGGUCUGCAGACAAUCAUAUAUCAAUCCUUACUGAGGGAGGAGUUCACAUAUUUGAGUUAGUACCUUCUCCAAUGUCUCCUUGUUCAACUAUAAAGUUUAUUAGAACUUUUAUUUAUGCACCUACAACAUUACCAACAGAAAGUGUAUCUAACAGAAUAGAAUCUAAAAUUUGGGAUAUGCCACGUGAAGCACUUUAUUCCUUUAUGAUGGAAGAGAGUAUAACUCCAAAAUUAUCUAAUGUAAAAGAAAUAGUACCAAAAAUAGUUAACUUAGCAUGGUCACCACAAGAUUUAAUACAUCCCAGUAAGUGUCUUAUUGCAAUUUUAACUUCAGCAGGUGCUAUUACGAUUGCAUACAAAAUUUCUAAAGAUUGGUAUUCUGCAUACGAUUUGUCUCCUAUUCGCUAUAAUUUUAUGGAACAAGAAAUUAAUACAAAAUUAAAGGAGAUUAAAAAUAAUUCAAAAUUUGAAACAUUUAGGAAUUGCUUGAAAGCAUUACAAGCUUCUUGUUUUACCUGGAGCAAACUUUUUGUAAACUUCUCAUAUUUUACCGUUACAUAUUUCAAUGGAGAUAUAAUUAUUUAUAAAGUUUCAAAGAUACUCAGUUAUAAUGAAAUACCAAACCUUAAGAUUGUAGGAACAAUAAGAUUAAAUGAAUAUAUAAAAAUAAAUGCUUUAAAGUGGGUUACAAUUGAUGCAAAAAAGCAUUUAAUUAUUAUUGGAUAUAUUGAUGGACGUAUUUAUGGUCUUAACGUUGAAGAUCAUGAUGGAAAUUUGGAACUAAAAUUCAUUGAGAAGUACUACGAUUAUAAAGAUCGUAUUUCUAUAAGCGCUUUUAGAAUAUUUCCUCAGAAUAAUUCGGAUAUAAAGAUUUUGGUUGCAAAAGGCAACUUUUUGUUUUUGUUAUGCAUUGCGGAAAAUAGUACAUUAAAGUCUAUGGAACAUUUGCAAUUAGAAGGUUUCACGAUUUCGGGAAUAAUUUGUAUAAGUGAAAAUUAUGCGUUAGUUACUACAGAAAAUGGUUCGAUGUUUCCAGUUAAUACCGAAGAAGGUCAAUUUUUAAAAACGAAAAUAAAUAAUAAGUUAUCGCAAAAUCACGUUCGGUACCUAGGCCUUGCACAUUCACCAAGUUGUGUAAUUUUCGCAAAAGUAACUAGUCCGGAUACUAUAUACGAUCAUUUAAUACUGAAGGAACCAACCAAAAUACAUAUGUUUUGUUUAAAAAGCAGAAACUGGGAUCCAUCGGUUAUUUUAAAUGAAAGGAAACACGAGAGAUUAGAGCAGUUCUGGGAUUGUUUAGAAGCCAUUAGAAUGAAAGCAGUAAAAGCGUCAGAUCCGUCGACUGUUUUACUAAAAAUUCCAUCUAAUUUAGAAUCAUUGUCUUUACAUGAAUUACGAGUAGUAAUGUGGACAUCUGUAAUGAUGAAAAUUUGCGAAAAGAGAAAAAUCAUCCAGGGAAUAGAUAACAUUACUGGAGAAAUAUCGGAAGCUCAACCCUUGAUCUUUAUUCAUACUGCGUGCAAUUAUCUUAUGCAUCUUGAAAGUAAAUCUUCUUUAUCAGAACAACAGAAACUUUCUAUGCGUUUAUUAAGGAUGUAUGUAGAAAUUUAUGUAGUUGGAGAAGGAGAAAAAACAACUCUCCUUUCCAAACGUGUUAAAGACGUUCUGAAAAAAACGUCUAGAUUCGAUUUGGAGAAUAACGAAGCUUGCAAUUUAUGCGGUAAAAUUAUAAACAAACUUUCCUGGAAAGUCACCAAAUGCACAGAAGGUCAUAUAUUACCCAGAUGCGCUAUUACUCUUUUGCAAAUAACUACCGUUCAGUACAGAAUGUGCCCGAUAUGCGGUUUAAUUUUUCAUCCGUGUUUGGACCAAGAGUUCGAAGAAACGAGGUGUCUUUUCUGUGAUGUUCCUACGCUUGAGGAGAACCGAGUGUUAGAUGCAAAGUAUUGCAUUCCAAAGGAAAAGAGUUUGUCUAGAUUUCAAAGUCAAAAUCCAGGAGCAUCAGAAAAUCAAGAAAUGGAGGCAACGGCUGAUGAAUCUUAAAAUGUGUAAAUUAAAAAUAAAUAAUGUGAUAUUGUAAUAAGUAAUAUGUUAUUAAAAUAAUAAUUUCCUGAGAGAAGAUUAAACUUCCAUCAGGAGAAAUAUUAACUUCUUAAAUGUUAUAUCACAACAUGUAUAAACUAUUUACUUGUUUUUAUUUAUAUAAUUUUGUAUAAUUCUGUGUAUUUAUUUAUUGUUAAAUAAUGUAUUUUCAAUAAUAAAUAACUUUUCUU